ACAUUGUUGAAUCGGAGGUGUAGGGUGUGCGGGGAAGGGCACCCGUUAUCACGCAUGGGCCAGGGACUAUGCAAACAUUGCCGGCCCGUUUGGACGAAGGUAAAAGUCUGCGAUUGUCCCGGUUUUGGACUGUAUCCCCUCCUCCUCCUCUACACACCUUUUCCCACUAGUAAACAUGAAGGCAGUCAACAGCUUUCGCUCGCGAAUUCGGACAGGCAGCGGCAAUUCGUCGUCGUCGUCGCCGCCAUCGUCCGCUGUCAGAACACUGGCAGCAGGAGGCACCGGCGCCGACGGCUCAGCAGCAGCAGCAGCAGCAGCACAGGCGUCGCUGAUUUCCCCAACACUUGCAGGCAUCGCGUCCCCAAAGAAGCGAGCGUGGGCCGUGGUCCCGCGGAAGCUCCGUGGGCUGCACCCGGCGCCGAUGAUUGUCUAUGUGCGUGAGAAUCCAGAGCUGAUUACCCAAGCCAUGGACAGGCUGUACGACACGCUGGUGUCUGCAUACGGCGUCGAUUCCAAGGACAUCAAGGUGACUGACGUUCCCACGGCGUUUGACUUGCCCAACGCUGUGCGCAAGAUGGGCAAGGGCAAGCAGGUUAUUGUCGUGGUAGGCCUGCUCACCCGCGACAAGCCGUGGUUCGACGAGAGCCAGGUGUCGCGGGUGCGCGACUUUCUGCUGGCAUGGUCGCAGCAGAACGGCAUCCCGCUGAUUGACGGCAUCCUGGUGGACGAGAAUGUAGCCCAGCUCGAGGGCCGGAUUGCGAGCCCCCAGUGGAACGUGAGGGCGUCGGACGAAAUCGGCACCAUGAACUUUCCGACCAGCGUGCUCGAGCCCCUUGACCAGAGCGCGUUUACGGAUUCCGAGGAAGCGGGUACUGCGGUGAGGAGGAGCAAUGAUCAGUCAAGCAUAUCCUCAAAAGACGCGGUGGAUGGCAUAUCGGGUGACUACAUGUUUGGGCAUUACCUGGCGCACCGGGCAAUGGAGAUGUUUUAUUUUGAGCACCGUGGAUGGUGAGGGUGCAGUUGCAGCAAAGCAAUAUAAUUUUACAGAAA